AUGGUUUUAAUUAAUUUACAUAAUGAAAUUUUCAAUGAAUUAUCUCUAUUUUCUACCGUGGAAACUAUUACCGAAUCAAUCGAAAGUAUUAAUUUUUAUGUUUUACCAACAGAAAAAAUAGUUAAAAUAAAUGAUCAAAGUUUGCCAUCAAUAGAACAACGAGAAUUGAUAUGUUAUGUUGAUGGUAGUUAUUCUCAUCGUAUGCAAAUCGGUCAUUCAGGUUUUCGAGCUUCAGAUGGUUCAAGUACAGUUCAGCGUUAUUUUCCUAAAUGUUCAAGAAGAGGUAGUACUGAAAGUGAAGUGUUUGCUGUUAGUCUUGCUAUUCAACAUGCUUUUAAAAAUUGUUAUAAUACAUUAACCAUUUAUACAGAUAAUUCUAAAGUCGAACAACUUCUUUGUCGUCCAAAAGAUAAAGACAGUUGUGAUUAUCCUGUUUUUUAUCAGUCUUUAUUUCAAUAUCAACAACAAAAAUCUAAUAAUAAUAUUCGAGUAGAACGAGUUCGUGGACAUACAACACGUUAUGAACAAAGUCAAUGUGAUACAAAACGUGAAUUUGCUAAAAUUGAUCGAAUUGUUCGUAAAAAAAAUCAACGAUAUAUUCGACGACAACAAAUUAAAUAUGAAAAAUAUUAUCCGUCUUAUUAUGCAUAUAAUGCUUUUACAUAUUCUAGAUGGAAAGUAUAUCAAUGUUUAUUUCAUUUUUGA